CAAGAACUGCUAUGUGUUUGAUCCAAAUUAUGUUAUUGUAUCAGUCUUACAAGAUUACCAAUUAUAAUGGCAAGAUUGAUUCAAGUCUGCAGUCUUUGGAAGUUGCACUUUGAUUUAUUCCUGUUGCUGUACAGCUAUACUUUGAAAACCAGAAUUUUACAAAAUUGUUUUGGUGAGAACUACUAUUAGGACAUUGUUUUUUUUUCUGUAACACCCCGUCCCUUGUGGAAUAUGUUGACUUAAAGGAUAUGUCUCAGUAGGAUAAUCCUGGAGGAUCAGUUGUGUGUGAGGAUCCAGAGAUUGGAGCAGUGAACCAUUGAGAUCAGAUGAACAGGGAGAGAUGAAUUCAAAUUGUGACAAUUCAAGAAGAUUAUUAGUGAAUGGAGGCAGAAAAGAUUCCAUUCCAUUUUCGCAAACGAGGGCUGAGAAAGGAGGCCUGACUGAACUGCCUACACCAGUAAGGCCUGCAGUGCCUCACUGCAGCAGAGCUAAUACCCCUGAGAGAGUUGGAGAGGUCUUUUUGGACUACUGUAUUGAUCUAAAGGAUGAACAGACAAUGAAUAAUAAUAAUUCUGAAACUAUAGCAGCACAGUUCGCAAUAUAUAGAAAGGAGGCUGCUGCCAAGAUAGAGGAACUGCAAAGUGAAAUUUCCAUUAUGAGAGGAAAUUACAAUCAAAAAUUAAGAUUUCUACAAGACCAGUUCAAUAGGAAGAUGUCAGAUUGGGAAAUGGACAGACAACAACUCAGUGAACUACUUGACAAAGCCUUGAAACUUCAGAUAUCUCCUGAUCACAGCAGAAUCAUUCUGGAUAUUCAGCAUUAUCUGAGCCAAGGACAUCAUAACAGGUUCCCAGAUGAGACAGAAGCCAGUGUACACAGUUUGGCAGAUGACGAAUCAGUGCAGUCAACACAUACUGUCAAAUCUAAUGCUGUGCUGAACCCAAUUGCUGAAGAACAAGCAGGAUCAGUAUUCGCUAAUCCACGUUUGACUUUUGAUAAGCAGAGAGACCCUCUACAAAUAACCAAUCAGAGUUGCAGUGAACAUAGCAGAGCAGCAAACGCUCUUGUAGAAAUGGAUACAUCACAAACUUUGAGACCAACAAAUCUUUUCACAUUUAAUCUAUUAAAAGAAGAAUACAUCAAAAUGUACACCAUGGUCAUUGAGCUUAAAGAUUCCCUUAUCAAUUUUUUUCUUGGAAAAAAAAUGAUCCCUGCUGCUCAGGCAUUUCAGGAGAUUGCAGCUGUGAGAUACUGCCCAGACGUGGAUAUCUUGGCCCAGGUUCUCCUCAUGGCCAGUAGCAGUCAGUGUAUCCUAAAUGAAGUCCUGACAGUCUUCAGUGCCUUAUUAAAUACAGAUGGGGUGAAUUAUCCUGAAUCAUUCUCUGGUUGGUCAUUCCGUGGGAAAGCAGCCGUCAGCAUUGGAAGUGCUCUGCAUAAUAAUCGUGGCUUGAAAUCUCUUCAAGACAGUGGAAAAAAUGCAAAUUUCCCCAUCUCAGUGAACUGUGUGAAAAGUCCAAUCCAAACUGAAUUUCCGAGUAAAUUUCAGCCACUACAACAAUAUGAUGAUGUUAUCCAAGGCAAUAACAAAGGGCAACGCCAAAACAAACAACAGAUUGACAAGAAAAAAAAUCAUAUUUCCUGUUUACAAAGAGAGCUGAACACAGUCCAUCAUCUAAAUAUAUCACAAUGCACAAGAGGACACGUGAAGUUUGAAAAGAAACAGGAUCCUGAUGCCAUCCUGCUUUUCACAAGAACAGAUGUGAAUCAUAAUACCAGAGUUUUAACAAAAGGUGUCAACAAUAACAUAAUUUCCAAAGAAAACUACAAGAAUGCAGUUCGAACUAUGGAAAAAUAUAUUGACUUACAAAAGGAGAGAUUCUUCCAGCUGGUAAAGCAAUACUCUCAGCAUGUCACAUUAAAAGAGGCAGAAAAAUGCAUCACACAUCAAGUUGGUACAUCAAAGCCCAUCUCAGAAGCCUUCAAAAAGAUGAAAGAACUGUACUUAAAGAGAAAAAGUGGAUGGAAUGAAGAAGCCUUGAAAUUUACAAAGCAAAGGAUCACACUUGCAAAUGCGUUGGUGAAUACCUUGGAAAAUAUUGAGGAAGAAUCUGGUUUGUUUUUAAUAAAGCCAACCCAGUCAUGGAAAAGAAGGCCUGCUUCCAAGAAAAUUAAGGCUAAAGUAAGCGUUCAUCAGAGAAUGCCAAUAAAAACAGACCAACCGCUUCACGUACCUGUGCCUUCCUUCAGAGCUUCCAAACAAAUGGUCACAUCAUCAGACACCAGUUUCUCAACGCCGCAAAUAGUAAGUCUUACUAGAACCUACAAUGAAAAAUUACAAGAACUUAGUUCACGCUAUGAUAAAAACCCAGCGUCUAUUGAGAACUAUAUUAAGGGCUUAUGGAAGAAGCAGAUUGAUAGCCCAGAUUCUGCAACAUUGAACAGAACAAUACUCUUCACCACACCAAGACUUCUGGAAAUGGAAUUUAAAAGAAAUGGAAUUGUUCAGCGAAAUGUCAGUUGUAGGUUGCCACAGUUAACACUCCAAAAUAAUGGAAAGAAGGAAUUAGCGUAUAAUAAGCUCCAAAACAUUUUUAUAGAGAAGAACUCAUCGCCAUUACAUGUGGUUUUACAAAAGGCCGUCCAAGAAAAUAAAGGAAUGCUUGAAGCUGUUAAUGACUAAAAAAAAUCCUCAAUUCACUACUGAGCAUUGUGACCCUUCCAGCAACAUUGUCAAUCUGCUACACUGAAAUCAGAAGAGAACUGGACAUACAGUAUCUCAAUUACUUUUGUGUUUAGAAGGAAAAUAAAACGAGAAGUGUGGAGGUGAAAAUGUGUUUAUUACUGAACAUUACCAUUUGUCCAAUAGAUUUUUGAAAUGCAUUAAUUAUAUCAAUAAUAAGUAGUUAUUGUAAAUAAAUUACAGUGAAGAAUAUUCAUCAUUAUACAUGUUGAAUAUUCAUGUUGAUGAUAAUUUUAAACUUAACUCCAACUUCUAACUUUUAGUUAUAUCACAGGGAUAUCUGAAAGUCUCUCUGCCUGGAACUGAAUCACUAAGAAGUGAAAAGACACAAAGGAGCAGAGAGUGAUUGUACGACAUAGAUAUUACUGAGUGUUCAAAUCCUUUCCAUAUACAAGGGGUUCAACACCCCAUAAUAGACAUGAUGUGGUUAACAUAUACAGCCAGAGCAAAAUGUACCUACAAAUCUUAUUGGAUCAUCAAUCCCUACUUAAAAUAAGCCUCCCGAAUUCCAUUACACAACUGGUAUAUCUCAAAUCAUAAAAUACUUCUUUCAAGGGCUUCGCAGAACAUCCUUCCAUAGAUGCAAUAUUGUUUGGGCCUUAAAAGUCAUCCUAUUGAAGAAAUUGUGGUUCUGGUUUUCAAGUGCUAACACUUGAAGCCAAUUCUGAAGCCUUCAGUGCCAUUGCCUACUAAUUAAAAUCUUCAUUUUGGAAGGUCAAAAUGCUGCUGAGCUUGAUGUCCAUCAAUGUUGUGGCUCAGACUUAAUUGUUUUUUUAAGGUUUGUAGUGAUGAUUUUGGGAAAAGUGCUGAGAGUUGAGCAUUAGAUUAGGAUUUGGAGAUAGGGAUAAGGGAGAAUUGAAUUGAAUUGACUAUUACUUACAUCCUUCACAUACAUGAAGAGUAAAAAUCUUUAUCUUAUGUUUCCAUCUAAAUGUGCAAUGUGCAAUUUAUACUAAUUUGUAAUAAAUAGUAUGUACAACAGGACAGUCAGUAUCGCCUAGAAAUAAAAUUAAUCAGUCUGUUGGCCUGGUGGAGGUAGCUGUCCCGAAGCCUAUGGUCCUGGCUUUUAUACUACUGUACCUUUUCCCGGAUGGUAGCAGCUGGAACAGUUUGUGCUUUGGGUGACUUGGGUCCCCAAUGAUCUUUUGGGCCCUCUUUAUGCCCCUGUCUCUGUGAAUGUCCUUAAUAGUGGGAAGUUCACGUCUGCUUUGGGCUGUCUGCAGCACUCCCUGCAGAGUCCUGCGAUUGAGUGAAGUACAGUUCCCAUACCAGGCAGUGAUGCAGCCAGUCUGGAUGCUCUCAAUUGUGCCCCUGUAGAAAGUCCUUAUGAGUUCGGGACCCAUACCAAACUUCUUCAACCGUCUGAGGUGAAAGAGGUGCUGUUGUGCUUUUUUCACCACACAGCCAGUAUGUACUGACCACGUGAGAUCCUCAGUGAUGUGUAUGCCAAGGAACAAAGCUGUUCACCCUCUCAGUCCCAGAUCCAUUGAUGUCAAUAGGGGUUAUCCUGUCUCCAUUCCUUCUGUAGUCCACAACAGGCUCCUUUGUUUUGCGAUGUGGAAGGAGAGGUUGUUUUCUUGACACCACUGUGUCAGGGUAAUGACUUCUUCUCUGUAGGCUGCCUUGUUAGUAUUUGAGAUAAGGCCAAUCAAUGUAGUAUCGUCAGCAGAUUUAAUUAGCAGAUUGGAGCUGUGGAGACACAAUCAUGGGUAUACAGAGAGUAAAGAAUGAAAAGUCAGGGGCAGGCGCCUGUGUUCAGAGUCCUGUUUGGAAUGCUCUGCGGUCGAAAGUCAGCAAUUCUGAAGGUUGGGUCAAGGGGCACGGAGGAGGCCAGCAAUCUCCAGGUCGGUGAGUCCGAGCCAGAGAUUAGUAUGGGCAGGAGAUACAAGGGCCUGUGACCACCCCAGGUCAUCUGGGUUGAAGCUCCAUGCAGAUAUGGAAGUUGAGGCCUAAAAUUCAAACCUAUGACUGGUGAGUCCUGGGGUCAAUACCCAGAGUUCGGCGAAGUUUGGAGAGCAAAGCCGAAUGCCGAUGUCCAGAGCUUGCUGAGUGCAGAGGUAGGGCCCUGAAGGCCGAGUGUCCAAGUUCAACCAGGGACUGGAGUUUGGAGGCUUGUUGCCUGUGAAUCUGAGGGUCAGGGGUCAAGGACCAGAAGCCAUGGCAAUGAUCUGCCACUUUUUCAAACAAGAGAAUAUUAGGAGAAUAAUUUUCAACCUGUGAAGGCUUUUCUGCUUUCCUGAGGAAACAAAACAGUUCUGAUAUAGAAGGUGUUCAGCCAGCCUCAACGAUAUCAUUGUGUUCAUAAGCUUUUUUUUGUAUUAGUGAUCACUGAGACAAAUAACAGAGAUAUAAUCAUUACUGUAGGUAAUUGACUUUCAAACGAUAGUAUCGAUUUGCAGAAUAAUGCUUCAAAAGUUAUUCCAUUUAUAUAUAGCUGAAGGCACAAUCAGGAACUAUUCAUGUUUUAGGAUUGGUGUCUCACUGGAAGAGCCGAUGUUUAUUAUACAUGCCAGAUUGCCUUUAGGAAGAUGACAGUACACAUCUUUUUGAGCUGUGAUUUUUGCCAUUGAAAGUUGGUGAGAAAUAAGCAGUGUGAUCAUUCAGAACUAUUUCGCUCACUGUGGUUUCAAGCAUUCAGGAUUGGAGAUGUCAGAAACAGCAGACUCAGAGUAUGGAGUCAUCAAUAGCAUUGUAUGAAGGCACUCCCUUACCUGCCCUACAAGUCUGCGCUGAUUUUGUUCAUUUACUGUCAAUCAAAAGAACAUAGCAGUGUACACUGUAAAAUUCAAAGUACAUUAAUGUCACCAUGUACAACCCUGAGAUUCACUUUCUUAUAGGCAAUCACAGUGAAUACAAGGAACACAACAGACUCAAUGAAAGAUUACUCAAAACAGAGUGGACACAACCUAAAGAAGACCAACAAACCGUGCAAAUACUAAAACAAAGAAAAGAAAAUAAUAAUAAUAAAUAAGCAAUAAAUAUUUAGAAAAUGAGAAGAGUCCAUGAAAGUGAGUCUAUAUGUUGUUGGAACAGCUCAUUGAUGGAGCAAGUGAAGUUGAGUGCAGUUAUUCCCUCUGGUUCAAGAACCUGAUAGUUGAGGGUAAUAACUGUUCAUGAACCUGGUGGUGAGGAUCUUGAGGUUCCUGUACCUUCUUACUGAUGGCAGCAGCAAGAAAAGAGCAUUGCCUGGAUGAUGGGAGUUCAUGAUGAUGGAUGCUGUUUUCCUGCCACAACAUUCAAUUGUAGGAAUAGCUCUACCCAUGAUGGACUGGGCUAUAUCCUCCAUUGAUAACUAUUCAUAACAGUAAUGCCCCGGUUAAGAUUUUUACAGCUGUGUUGUAGGGUAUUUCAUUUUGUAGCUUUUUGUAGAAGCAGUGUGUCCUGUUGAUAGCAAGUUUGGGUUUUUGGCUAAAGAUAAAGGGCUAUGAUGUACAACUUAGGAAUGUUGUGUCAGCCAAUCAGGAUGGUGGAACUGGGAGAAGGUUCUAGAGAAAGCUGGGUGGAGUGAGAUUUGUGAUGGACACUGGUGGGGUUUGUGGUCUUUUUGGUGGGAGCUGUGAAGAGGACAGGAGGGCAGAUGGCUGAGGAUGACAUGGGAAGCAGCGUUCCGCUACAUAAUGUGCUUUGUGCAGGUGAAUUGCUCCAAGGAGGAGGGGCCAGUACACCCGAAAGAGUGAGCCUGUUUGUCCAAGAUGGAUGUUGAGUGAAGUUCAGAAUGUGGAAUGCAUUUUCACACAGACCAUGGAUCCGGCGUGUGAAUAAAAACACAACUUUAAGAUGAGCUCCAGCAGUGUGCACAUUUAGACUGGUUUACUGUAACGGGCCCUUUUAUAUCUAUUUCCCCUUUUCCUUUUCCUACUGACUGUUUGAUAAAGCUCCGGUUUGUAAAUAUACUUUGUUUAUAAUUUUUUGUGAUGUACGAUUUGUUAUUUCCUGCCAACCGACAAUUGUGCAUGGCAGUACUUACACAACAGUCACUCAAAUCAAGGUUUCUUUAAUCGGAUCAUCACAAUGUUCCUGUUUGGUUGAACCCCAAAUCAUAUUGACCCUAGAUGCUUAUUGUUC